ACUCUUGCACUGCACGUUGGUUGUAAUCCGCAAAACGAAAGACUUCUGUGGUUCAAAACUGUUUUCGAAGACAUCUUAGUUUCUUGGUCUGGAAUCGACCGCCGCUUUUCAAGAUGAGUCGAUUUGACGGAACUAGAGGACCUCCAAAUAUUGGAGGAAUGACCAGCUUGAAGGUUGACAACUUAACUUACAGAACUUCAAUCGAUGAUCUGGAACGGUAUUUCGACAAGUACGGGGAAGUUGGAGAUAUCUAUAUUCCUCGUGAUCGACAUCGCAGAGAGUCGAGAGGCUUCGCAUUUAUACGUUACUAUGAAAAGAGGGAUGCAGAAGACGCAAUAGAUGGUUUAGACGGCACUGUCAUCGAUGGACGACAAAUUAGGGUGACCCUUGCCAAGUAUGAUAGGCCUACCGAAAACAUGGCUCCUAGAGGACGAAGGCCGUAUGGUGGCGGCGGUGGUGGUGGUGGAGGAAGAUACGGACGAUCACCGCCUCGCAGAAGUUACCGAGAUAGCCGAGACAGAAGAGACCGGAGACGGUCCUACUCGCGUUCAAGAUCAAGAUCAAGGUCCCACAGUAAACGGAGCAGAUCGCGGUCGCCUAAAUACUCACCAAAGAGACGUUCACCUUCUCCAAGAAGGUCUUACUCUCGACAGUCAAGAUCUAAAAGCAGGUCUCCAUAUCGGAGCAAAAGUAGAUCCCCGCGAGGAAGGAGUUAAGAUGGUGUCAUUUUUGUUACAAAGAUAAAAAACCUGUAGACUGGAUUCCUUUGCAGACAAACUGAAGGCUAAAUCCAAGAAAAAAUAUUUUAGAAUGUUUUUUCAACCUUAAUACAAAUUCAUCUUUUAGCAUCUUCUUUUGUUAAUUUAGGGUAUGCAAUUUCCUUUUGUUUUGCCUCUGCUUCACAUA